AUGAAGACCUCAUCGAUCGCUCUGACCCUUGCGGCAGCUGCCAUCGCCAGCGCACAAGAAGAGCCGUACUACAACAUCACAACUGCACCUUUCUACCUGGUCGUCACAUCAGAGGAUGGUGGUGUCAAUGACACAAUCAGUGCCUGUCACGUCGGUGCAGCGAUAGAAUCACUCUGCUUGAGCAAUGCUGGAGCCGGGGACGCCCCAGAACCUCUCGCUGGCGCAGAAUUCCAAUUCAACACAUCAAUCUACUCUCAGGCACCAGAGCCAUCUUUCGGCGUACCUGGCAUCCUGACCUGGUGGCUGAACACAAGCACUCUCGACGUUCCAUCAUCCGCGGCCUUUGGCCUUGACCCGACUUCCAAUCUCGCAACCUUCACCCUCAGCCCUGGCAGCGAUGACGCAACGCAGCUUGCUUUCAACUCUCAGGACGAGUUGACCCUUCAGGCAUAUGUUCCGGGCGAGAACUAUACAGGCAGCUAUCAGGAUUUCUACCGCUGGUAUGCGUGCGACACAUCCUACUCCAGCUAUCAGUACAACAACCUCGUGUGGGGAUUGGGUGCAGGCAAGCCGGACAACCCGACGUGUGUCUCAGUCAACGUGACAAGGGUAUUUGUUUGA